AUGCAGGACAUCGAGGACACGGGCUAUCCAGGUGCUGCCUCGGCAAGCACGUCAAUCACCGUUAAGCUGCCCAAGAUCGCACCCAAAGAUGUAGAAGGCUUCAAAACCACUUACGAGGCUCACGUCAAGGAUCGAGAGGCGCAGGGCAUUCCGCCGCUGCCUUUGGAUGCAAAGCAGGUGCAGUGUGUGGUGGAGCUGCUGAAGGCCCCUCCGACAGGCCAGGAGACAUUCCUUUCGGAGCUGCUGCGGAGCCGUGUUCCACCAGGGGUGGACGACGCCAGCUACGUCAAGGCCAACUUCUUGCGGAGGAUCGUGGUCGGUGUGGAGAGAAGCCCAGUCAUCACCAAGGCACAGGCGGUGGAGAUGCUUGGGUGGAUGCAGGGAGGCUACAAUGUGCAGCCUUUGGUGGAGGCCCUGGACCUCGAUCCGGAGCUCGCCGAGUUGGCUGUGAUAGGUUUGUCGCGCACCCUGCUCAUGUUUGAUGCUUUCUAUGACGUCGAAGACAAGAUGAAGGCGGGAAACGUCUUUGCAAAGAAGUUGAUGGAGUCCUGGGCAAAGGCUGAGUGGUUCAGCCGCAGGAAGGGCAUCCCAGACAAGGUCACCUUGACGGUCUUCAAAGUCGCGGGCGAGACGAACACGGAUGACCUCUCCCCGGCACCCGACGCCUGGUCCAGACCUGACAUUCCUUUGCACGCCCUGGCCAUGCUCAAGUUCCCGCGGGAAGGCAUCACGGAUGCCCCAAACCAGAUCGCCGAACUGAAAAAGAAGGGCUUCCCUUUGGUCUACGUGGGGGACGUCGUAGGAACAGGCUCCUCCAGAAAGUCAGCGACAAAUUCCAUCUUGUGGUACAUGGGCGACGACAUCCCUUUCACACCCAACAAGAGGACCGGUGGAUUCGUCUUCGGGACUGUGAUUGCUCCAAUUUUCUUCAACACCAUGGAGGACUCGGGUGCGCUACCAGUUGAGAUGGACGUGAAGGACAUGAAUAUGGGGGAUGUUGUUGAUGUCUGCUUCAGAGAGGGAGUCGUCAAGAAACAUGGCACUGACACGAUCGUGUCGAAGUUCUCCUUGAAAUCAGAGGUCUUGCACGAUGAAGUACAGGCUGGAGGGCGCAUUCCUCUGAUCAUCGGGCGAGGGCUGACAGGAAAGGCCAGGGAAGCACUGAAGUUGGAGCCCUCCCAAGCUUUCAGGUCCAUGAAGCAGCCGGACGUGAAAGUAAAAGGCUACACUCUCGCCCAGAGGCUCGUGGGUAAGGCCUGUGGUGUGGCUGGCGUGGUGCCCGGCGCCUACUGUGAGCCCAGCAUGGGCGCCGUGGGGUCCCAGGACACGACUGGCCCCAUGACCCGAGACGAGCUCAAGGAUCUUGCCUGCCUCGGCUUCUCCGCAGAUCUGACAAUGCAGUCUUUCUGCCACACCGCAGCCUACCCCAAGCCAGUCGACGUCACCACGCACCAGACGCUGCCGAAGUUCAUUGCUGACCGCGGUGGCGUGGCCCUGCGGCCGGGCGAUGGCAUCAUCCACUCGUGGUUAAACCGGAUGUUGCUACCGGACCAGGUUGGAACGGGUGGCGACUCGCACACGCGCUUUCCCCUGGGCAUCUCUUUCCCGGCCGGCUCGGGCCUCGUCGCCUUUGCGGCUGCCACGGGGGUGAUGCCUCUUGACAUGCCCGAGAGCGUUCUCGUCCGCUUCAGCGGAAAGAUGCAGCCAGGCGUCACACUUAGAGAUCUGGUGCACGCGAUCCCAUACUUUGCCAUUAAGAAAGGCCUCUUGACGGUUGAAAAGAAAGGCAAGGUAAACGUAUUCAACGGCCGUGUGUUGGAGAUUGAAGGGCUGCCAGAUCUGAAGUGCGAACAGGCCUUUGAACUUUCAGACGCCUCCGCCGAGCGCUCUGCGGCUGGCUGCACCAUCAAACUCCACAAGGAGCCUGUCAUCGAGUACCUGAAGUCGAACAUCGUCCUCCUGAAAUGGAUGAUCGCCAAAGGCUACAGUGAUCCGCGAACUCUCGCACGGCGCGUUGCCAAGAUGGAGGCCUGGCUGGCAAACCCACAGCUCAUGGAGGCAGACAAGGAUGCCGAGUAUGCUGCUGUUCUUGAGAUCAACAUGGACGAGAUCAGAGAGCCCAUUCUUUGCUGCCCAAAUGACCCCGAUGAUGCCAAGACGCUUUCCGCAGUGCAAGGUGCCAAGAUCGACGAGGUUUUCAUUGGCUCUUGCAUGACUAACAUCGGCCACUACCGCGCGGCGGGCAAGAUGCUGGCGCAAUGCGAGAAACAACUCCCCACCCGGCUGUGGAUAGCACCUCCGACCAAAAUGGAUCAGGAGCAGCUGACCAAGGAGGGCUUCUACGCGAUCUAUGGCAAGGUUGGGGCUCGAACUGAGAUGCCGGGUUGCUCGCUGUGUAUGGGAAACCAGGCCCGUGUUGCAGACGGCUGCACAGUGGUGUCCACCUCCACUCGCAACUUCCCGAACCGCCUCGGCAAGGGUGCAAACGUCUACCUGGCCUCCGCAGAGCUUGCUGCAGUGUCGGCCAUGCUGGGAAGACUCCCAACGACAGAAGAGUACCUGAAAUACCACACAGAGCUGGGCAAGAACGAGGCCCAAAUCUAUAAGUACUUGAACUUUGACCAAGUGGAAGACUACACGGACCUGGCAGCAAAGGUCGCGACGAGCUGA